AUGUCGACACCGAGCGUGCUCUUCAACGCGGCCGCGCUCGACGUCGUCGUCGCCGCGCGCCCCGACCUCGUCGCCUCGGCUCCUCCUUCGACCUCGCUCGCCAACCUCGGCGACGCAGACCUCGCCAGUCGCACCGACGCGUGGGUCGACGCCCUCCUCAAGGCCCCCAGGCGUGCCGCGCUGUACCACGACGAGCGCCUGCAGUUCCACCUCGUCGUCUCGCUUCCCCCACCCCCUCCUUCUCCCUCCUCCUCCUCAGCAGCAUCGUCCGCCCUCACACGCCGCCAGGCCGCAGCCCUCCUCCUCGACUCGCUCCCGACGACCGCGCACCUCCAGAUCGCCGCCGACCUCGCCUACGUCGACCCGACGACGCCGCCGCCCCUCCCUCAGCGCACCUCUUCCCUCCACGGCGCGCGCGCUAGCGCCAGCCCGGUCCUCGCCCGCGCGCCUCUCACGCCCGCACCCGACCCGGCCCACGCCGCCGCGUCGACGCCGACGCGCGAGGCGCACGCCGGCGGCGCGAACGAGGUGCACAUCGCGCGGGCGCACCCGCAGACGGGCGGCGAGGGGGCGCGCGUGUGGGUUGCGCGAGGGCAGGGCGAGGGCGAGUGGGUCGGCGUGUGGCUCCUCGAGUGCGACUUGCCGGCCGUCCGCACACAGCUGCGCGACCCUCGGCUCGCCAUCACGAUCGGUGUCACGCUCCGGGACGACCCCAAGCUCGCGCUCCUCCUCGACCGGGCCAAGGACGGCGACGCGCCGGCGAGAAGUGCGGCGGGCGAGGACGCUCUCGAGCUGGGCGCGGGCGAGGCGGACGAUGACGAGGAGUACAUGGAGGACAGCUACGACGACGUCAACCUCCUGUCCGCGCUCGCGCCCAUCUCGUCCCACCCGCUCCACCUCCCCUUCUCGCGCCUCUCCUCCUUCUCCCCCCAGCCUCCCCCCUCGCUCCCAAUCCCUCGCUCGCGCACCGUCUCGAUCUCGCACACGCGCACCAUCUCGGCCAGCUCGUCGACCUCGUCCUCGUCCGGCGACCCGUCGCACCGCGCCGCCGCGCACGCGCACCACCCGUCGCUGCGCCGCUCGGUCCGGCGGGUGCUCCCGCUGCGGCCCGCAGUCCACAUCGACCUGCGCGCUGUGCCGUGCCCCGUCGGCGCCCUCGGGCUCGCAGACGGCCAGGGCGUCUUUGCGCAGCACGGCGCCGGCGUGCGCGGCGGCGGCGGCGGCGGUGGCGGCAGUGACGAGGACGAGAUGGGCCUCGUGCUGUCCGUCGAAGUGCGCGGUGCGGCGGCGAGGGCGCUCAGCGGCGGCGCGGGCGCAGAGGACGCGCAGGACGAGGCGUUCGUGGUCGACGAGGUCGAGCUCGUCGUCGAGGGCGCCGCGACGCCGCGCUCGAUCGCGCCCUCGCACGCUCCUGCGUCCUCAACAACGGCGCACGACCUCGAGGUGCGCCUCGUCACUCGGCCGACGUCAACUUCGACCGCGCCCGGCCGCUCGUCCCUCGACCUGCGCCUCGCGGCCGGCUCGCCCGCGCAGCACAACUUUGUGUACGCGCUCGCGCGCAUCCCAGGUGCGCCAGCGGGGUCGCUCGCUGCCGCAGGAGCAGGAGGAGCAGGUGCGGAGGCCGGCGCCGCGACGAGCGUGCCGCGCGUCGUGGCGCUCAGCCCGGCACUCGCGCUGCAGGGCGGCGGGCGGUUCGGCGGGCCGGGCAUGGGCGCGGUGCUCGAUGAAGAGGACAAGGAGGAGGACGAGGAGCGCGGCACCAGGGGUGAGAGGCGGGCGAGCGCUGGCGGCGCGGCGGGGAGGAGCGCGCUCGAGCGCAGGGUGACGGUGGUCGUCACGGGGCGGCCCGUCGUGCGGCGCCGGCGACGAGUCGCGCAGGUGGGCGGCUACGACGUGCCCGACGGUGUGGGCGAGGGCGAGGGCGGCGACGUCGGUCUGGAGCGGGAGGAGGACGUCGACCGUGACGAGGCGGCCACGGCGCCGUUCGCCUGUCGGUGGCACACGACCCUCGACAUCUCGUCCCUCGCCUUCCCUGCCUCUCGGCCUCACCGCGCCGCCUUCGCGACCCAGUUCGCCCCAGCUACCCACCCCGCCGCCACUCGCCCGACCUCGAUCGGCGCCGCCCUCCCCUUCCUCCCUCCCUCGCACGCCGCCGGGCGUCUCCCGCUCCGCCCCUCGCCCUCGACCAACGUCCAAGUCGAGUCCGUCGCCGGCUCGAAGCGCCACACCAUGUCGUCGCUCGCGGCCCUCUCGCUGCGCUCGCCCGUCCUGAACCGCAAGAGCGCCGGCUUCGCGCCGCCGCCCUCGGCGCGCCCGUCCUCGGCCGCCUCGUCGUCGGCGCGAGCGCUCCCGCCGACGCCGGGCGCGCCACCUGCGCCUGCACCGACGCCGUCGCUCGUCGGCCCGGCGGCCAAGCGGUUCUUCUCCCUCCCGCCGGGCAGCGCCGAGCCGAGCUCGUCCGCGUCUGCCGCCUCCUCGACGCCGCACGUCGCGACGCCGCUCCGAACCGAAACGCCGUCGCCCAUGCACAGCGUCGCCGGCGGCGCGACCGCGAGCGGGAUCGGCAGCGCCGUCGCGGCGGCGGCCAAGCGCGUGAGCCUGCCGAGCUCGAUGAGCGGGUCAGGGAGCGCGGCGCGCCUCGAUGCGCGGCCGAAGGAGACGAGGCGCACGAGCUGGAUGAGCGGGCUCGUGCCGGGCGGCGCGAGCAGCGUCGGGAGCGGCGCGCCGUCCCCUCAGCCGCCUGCUGCGGGCGAGCGCACGAGCUGGCCUGCCGGGCCGUCAUCGUCGACGCUCGGCCUCGGUCUCGACGACCCGGCUCUCGCGCCGCAGGCUGACGGCGUAGCCGAGCAGCCGCGUCGCCUGCCCGCCCCGCCGCCGUCGUCGCAGCAGCAGCUCUCGGCCGGCAACCUCCUCAUCUCGGUCUCGCUCGUCCCGCUCCGCACCGCCAAGUCCCGUCGUGCGCCUUUCGACGGCGCAGGAGGCGACAGCGCGUCAACCGGGCCGUCAUCGACCUCGACCGCAGCCGCCGCCGCCGCAACCGGGCGCACGAACGCCCACCUCCCGCCGGCGGUCCUGCCCGGGCUCGCCUUCUCUCGCGCUCCCUCGCCGGCGCCCGUCGCGGCACCCAUGGACGGUGCAGCCGAGCCGCAUGCGACGCCGCGGUUCGCGUUCCCGGCCUCCCAGCCGCCGUCCGGGUCGCCGUCGCCGAGCGCGAGCCCGCUCCCGUCACCGCCGCUCGUCCAAGUCCACGACGGCGAGGCGGCCCUACGCGCACAAGCAGAGCGCACCAGUCGGGCGACGUCGCGCAUGCCACGGGUCAACCUCCUCGACGUGUUCCUCGUCGAGGUGUUCCUGUUCAACCACAGCGACCAGGUCAAGCGGUUCACGGUCGGCGUCGGCAGCGCGGCGUCGUCUGCGGCGGCGGCAGCAGGAGCAGGGGCAGGAGCGAGGAGAGGCCGUGUUGACGACGACGAGAAGGUUGCGAGGCUGGUGCCGCUCGAGAACGACGUCCGCAUCGGGCCGCUCGCCCCCAACUCGUGCGCCUCGGUCGGGAUCCGCUUUCUCGCCAUCCGGCCCGGCGCCCACGUCGUCGAGGCGCUGCGGGUCGUCGACCUUGCCGACGGGAGCGAGACGAUGCUCGAGCGGCCGCUGUGGGUUGUGGUUGAGUAG